CCUCAGAAGUCAGAACUGCUCCCCUCUCUCGGAGAAUUCCCCCACGGGCGGCCGCACGCGCGUGCCCGCUCCUCUCCCUCGCCGCCCCGCGCCGUAUAUAACGAGCUGCGCGGCGUCGCCCGCUUCCGCAGGUCCCUCGCGCUUCCGAAAAGGUUGAAAAUGGCCGUUUGAGAAAGAGAGACUUCCGAUUUGAAAAAAGGCACUUUCUCUCUUCUUCUCGCUUUGCUUUCCCUUCGGAGCGGCCGAGAAAUCGCUGGGCAUGAGGGAUCCUCCACUUCAUGGCCGCCCUCGCGCGCUCCAGCUCCUCCCCCUCCUCCUCUUGCUCCUGUCCGUUCGCGCCGCUUCCCAGAACAACCCCGCGGCGGUAGGCGGACCCCCUACUCCGCCGGCCCCCCUCCAGGACGGCCAGAGGUUCAACUCCUCCAUGGCCGUAAUCAUGGUGGUCCUGGUCAGCGCCUUCUUCGUCAUGGGCUUCUUCUCCGUCUACGUCCGCCAGUGCGCCGCCGGGCGGAACGGCCGCGGCGAUCCCGCGGGGUCCUACGCCUUCGGGCGGCGGUCGCUGCGGGGGGCGGCGCGCGGGCUCGACCCCUCGGUCAUCGACGCCUUCCCCACGUUCCUGUACUCGUCGGUGAAGGGGCUCAAGAUCGGGAAAGGGGCGCUGGAGUGCGCGGUGUGCCUGAACGAGUUCCAGGACGACGAGACGCUCCGCCUGAUCCCCAAGUGCAGCCACGCGUUCCACCCGGACUGCAUCGACUCCUGGCUCUCGUCGCACACCACCUGUCCCGUCUGCCGGGCCGACCUCGCGCUCAAACCCGGCGAGGUCCUCCCUCCGGCCGUGCAGCUGCUCGACCAGGACCCGGCACCCGACGCCGGCGGUUCCCAGGGUCACGUCAGCGUCCAUGUCAGUCCCCACCACGAUGAGCCGCGACCGCCGAGUGAAGGAGUCAAGCCAUCGCCCAGGCGGGACGCGAAUUCUACAGCCGAUGAGGGCGGGCCGCGUCGGUCGAGCUCCACCGGGAUGCGCCUCGCGAGGAUGUUCCGUUUCCCGCGGUCGCACUCCACGGGCCACUCGCUGUGGCUGGUCCGACCGGGCGACGACUGCGAGCGGUUCACGCUGAGGCUGCCCGAGGACGUGCGGACCCGGAUCAUCAACGACGCGCGGCUGGAGAGGGCGAGGAGCUGCGUCGCGUUCCCGCGGGCGAGCAGCCCGAGGACCGCUUACCGGAGCGGGAGCAGCCGGCGCGGCGGGAGGGACCCGCCGCUGAUCAACGAGCGGUUCGACCGGGAAGGCCGGUACGCCAAGUGGGCGUUCUCCAUGACGCCGCCGUUCAUCUCCAAAACUGGUUCGGCAAGGGCGGGGGCGAGGCAAGCCGCCGCCGCCGUCGAGGUGGGUAGGAGCCCGCUGAGGAGCUCUUCGAAGCCGGAUAAGUCGCCGCCGUUCGACCGGUGGUUCGUGGGGAGGGACGUGGAGGCGGGCGAGCGGUCGACCGAUUGGCUUCGGCAGCCGAGCAGUCAAACUUAGACGGAAUGAGCGAGGGUGCUAUAACCUAUGUGUGCCAUGACAUCUCCAGCGUCCUGGUAGAUGGCUUCUUUUCAACCGGUUCCGGUAUCUUCAGCCAUGCAAGCAAAGGUGUUAACAGGAGGUCAAGCCCUAGACCGCUUAGAAGGAGGAUCUAACUUGUGUUUAGAGCUUGGAGCUAGAGUAGUCGGAACUGGUAUGAUCAAGCUGGACGGGAAGCCAGUGCGCUUAUCGUCGAAGCCCAAGCUCGAUUGAAGAAGUUCUCAAAUCUGAAGUUAGCCCGUAGCGAGAGAACAUGUAAUAAAGAUGCAGACUGAAUCGAAAAACCCCAAAGACAAAAGGCCUUGCCCACAAAUCGGGUCUCUUACCCCUGCCAACCUUUUCCAAUAUACCAUAUUUGGUGAAGUUGUCGUUAAUUGUGGUAUCGAAUACUCGCCAUUCUUUAUCA